AGUGGCGCAUGCGCUCUUACGCGCCUCGAACUGAGUGGAGUCAUGAUGGCGUUGGACAGGCCGUGCUGAUGAGACAGCUAAAUAAUCGUCAGCAAAAACACUAGAAAAAGUUAAGGCAGAAGUACCGGCAAGCAUUGAGACGGUACUACGGACGUUUUCCUAUUUUCUCGCCGAAAAAGCGAGAUAGUGUGAAGGUUGCAAUUACAUUUAAUAGGAGGAUUACGCGGGUGCACCACUGCUGAUUUACAAGACUGAACACAGGGCCGGAGUUUACUACCUUACAACAGGGGGACACACUGAGCUGCCAACAUGCCGAUCACACUGAAAACUCUUCAGCAGCAGACCUUUCAAAUCGAUAUCGACAUGGAGGAAACGGUCAAAGCAUUGAAAGAAAAGAUUGAAUUAGAAAAGGGAAAAGACGCUUUUCCUGUUGCUGGCCAGAAAUUAAUUUAUGCAGGUAAAAUCCUCAAUGAUGACACAGCUCUCAAGGAGUAUAAAAUUGACGAGAAGAACUUUGUUGUGGUUAUGGUGACAAAACCUAAAGCAGCAGCCGGCCCAUCUGCAGCGGCACCAGCAACAGCUCAACCUGCCAGUGCUGCCAAUCCAACUUCUGUUUCUCCUCCUUUACCAUUUACACCAAUUGCCCGGACUAAUGCCCCUAUUCCAUUGCCUCUUCCUUUCACCAUGCCCCCAAUACCAGUAUCUGCUGCACCUACUACUGAUCCGCCCGCAACCACUGCUCCUAAAGAAGAGAAUCCAGACGAAAAGACAGUGACUCCCCCAGAGACAGUGAGCCCUUCAUCAACUGAGUGCAGUUUACCAGAUGAUUCCACUCGACCAUCACUCUUUGAAGAUGCCACAAGCGCACUUGUGACCGGGCAAUCCUAUGAAAAUAUGGUGACUGAAAUUAUGUCAAUGGGCUAUGAGCGAGAACAAGUAAUUGCAGCUCUGAGAGCUAGUUUCAACAACCCUGACAGAGCAGUAGAAUAUCUUCUCAUGGGCAUACCAGGUGAUCGAGAGGAUCAAGCAGUUGCUGAACCCCCUCAAGCACCACUUAGUGCUGCACCUACCCAACCUUUGCCUGUACCUGCAGGUGCAGCAGCAACCACAACAACACCUACUACACCAUCUACUGGAGGAAAUCCCCUUGAUUUCUUGCAGAAUCAGCCUCAGUUUCAACAGAUGAGGCAAAUAAUUCAGCAAAAUCCUUCCUUGCUUCCAGCACUUCUACAGCAGAUAGGAAGGGAAAACCCAUCACUAUUGCAGCAAAUUAGCCAACAUCAGGAACAGUUUAUUCAGAUGUUAAAUGAUCCAGUCCCAGAAUCUGGUGUUCAGAGUGGAAGAGGAGGAGUAGCAGCUGAAGCUGGAAGUCAUAUGAACUACAUUCAAGUUACACCUCAGGAAAAAGAAGCUAUAGAAAGAUUAAAAGCGUUAGGAUUCCCUGAAGGACUUGUCAUUCAAGCUUACUUUGCAUGUGAGAAGAAUGAAAAUCUGGCUGCCAACUUCCUCUUACAGCAAAAUUUUGAUGAUGAUUGAAAAGAAGAGACUAUUUUUUAUCUCACUUCACACCAGUGCAUUACACUAACUUUGCUCACUGGAUUUACUGGGAUGAUUUGGGCGCAUAUCCACAAUAUUUGGUGUAUGGUAGACAAGGGGAGGGUGGGUUGGGAAAAUAUCAGGACAAAUUUGGACAUUAAUUAAUAAACCAUAAGGCCUAAUUGAGCAGUUAAAGCAGUCAAAGUGUAUAAUAAAAGUAAAAAAAAUAAAUAAAAAUAAUAAAACAAAUUAUACAACUGAAAUACAGCUUCAGCAGGAGUUUUUUCCCUCAUAUACUUUAUGCAAAUAUCUAGAUUUCAAUUUUCCUUUUUAAUAGCGACUUUAGAUCCAGAAAUUUAGUGUAAUGCCCUGCUUCCUAUUUCCAUGUUAAUAUAAACCUUGGUUUUGAAAAUAGGUCUGUUACCUGAGAUAUAGACUCUGUAUUUUAUGGUAACACUGAAUUAUAUACUCUAACCUUGUUAAAUCCUUAAGGCUAAAUGGAAGCUUGUCAGAUGUAAAUGCCAAAAUAAACAUAGGUGAUCAUUUGCUGCUUCAGGAAGACAAUACAAAUGUAUUAAAAUUAGAGGAGAGUAAUGUUUUUUUACUUGGUAAAUGCUGUGAAAGUAACUUGAAAAGCACUUUCCUUCAAAUAAAAAAAAAAAUAGGAAUUCAUCAAUUAUA